AUGCCCGAGAACGAGUACAACAUCUUCAGCCCCCAGCACGAUGUCUAUCCACUGAUAGAUCCUCAAGGGAUUUUCGCCUCGCAGGCGUUCAAAGACAAGGUCGUCAUCGUCACCGGUGGAUCCGAAGGUAUCGGUGGUACCGUCGCACUCUUCUAUGCGCGAGCUGGGGCCAGGAUCGUUCUCGUGUCGCGCAGUUCCAAUAAACUGGAAGAUCGAAAGAGUAUCAUCGAGAAGGACGUCCCCGGAGCACAAGUUUUGGUCGUCGCCGGCGACAUAUCGGACCCCGAGGUCGGUAAGCGCGCAGUGACGACUGCUGUGGACGCAUGGGGCCGACUGGACGUCGUCGUGGCCAAUCCAGCCAGCGCAAUGGGAGGCUCAGGGAGACUCGCAGACCGAGAUCCUUUGGCUUGGUGGCGUACUCAAGAGGUUAACCUUCGGGGUACAUUGAACACAGUCCACCCCGCCAUUCCAGAGCUCCUUAAGACGAAGGGCCAGAUAAUCGUCACAUCGUCCAACGCAUCGUAUGAUCGCUCACCUCCGAUGGCGGACUAUGGGAUCAGCAAGCUAUCAAUCAAUCGCUUCGUUGAACUCGUCGCGUUAGACUAUCCUGAGCUCUCUGUCUACGCUGUCCAUCCUGGCGGGAUCUGGACGCCUGGGUCCACUGGUUUUCUGAAGAGCAUGGGUCUUCAAGACGUAGUGCCCAUGCCGGACUCGGUGGAGCUACCUGCGGCCACAUUUCUUUGGCUUACUGCACGUAACGCCGAGUUCCUCAGUGGAAGAUACGUGCAUGCGUGCUGGGACCUUAACGAGGUUCUGGCUAAGAAGGAAGAGAUCAUCCGUGAUAACCUUCUCGUCACGAAGCUUGUGGGGCCGGAUAAGUCUACGUAG